AUUUCAUUUUAGUUUUAAUAUUAAUCUCCUCAGAGUAACAACGUUUCUGGCUAUUAAAUAUUUAAAAUAAAUUGAAGAAAAAAAUCAUGGGGCAAUUAUUAAAAAUCGUUUGCAUUUUAGCAGUAUUAUUUGUGAAUGAUUCUUUGUCUCAAAGCAUUGCAUUUCCUGAUGGUAGUUGUGGCACUCCCGACGGUUAUCAAGGUACAUGUAUAGAUAUAUUACAAUGUCCGCCACUACUGCAAUCAUUAAAGAAUGUUCAAAGAUCUCAACUGGAAACACGUUAUCUGCAACAGAGUCAAUGUGGUAAAAGUGGCAAUACCGUACUGGUUUGUUGUCGUUAUGAUGGUGUAAGCCGCUUUAGUAAUCCAACACCUUCAAUGCCUAGAGAUAACUCGAAUUUAUUGCCCAAUAUACGACAAUGUGGUCGUUCCUUUGAUAAUCGUAUUUAUGGUGGUAGUGCUACUAAAAUCGAUGAAUAUCCUUGGACUGCUUUAAUCGAAUAUACAAAACCCCGUAACGAAAAGGGUCAUCAUUGUGGAGCUGCCUUGAUAAAUAAUCGUUAUGUGAUAACCGCUGCUCAUUGUGUUACUGGUCGUGGUAUACCGGCUGACUGGCGGGCUACCGGAGUACGUUUGGGAGAAUGGGAUCGUUCCAGUAAUCCCGAUUGUGAAAUAUCCGUAACUGGUGAAAGAGAUUGUGCUGAACCUCAUUUGGAUGUUGGCAUUGAAGAAAUCACUUAUCAUCCCAAUUAUAAUGCUCAGGCCUCCAAUAAUUUACAUGACAUAGCUCUAAUACGUCUGGAUCGUUAUGUUGAUUUCAACGACUUCGUUAGCCCUGUCUGUUUGCCCACCCAAUCUUAUUUGCGUACAAAAACAUUUGAAAACAUUAAAAUGGAUGUCACCGGCUGGGGCACUACAGAACAGGGUGGUACUAGUGCUUUAAAAUUAAAGGCUGGUGUAGAUGGUUGGACUUUUGAUAGAUGUCGCCAAAAAUAUGCCACCAAAAGAAUUUAUUUGCAAGACACUCAAAUGUGUGCGGGCGGUGAAGAAGGUGUUGACUCUUGUGGUGGUGAUUCCGGUGGUCCAUUGGUGGUUAAGGAGAGAGUGGAUAAUCGUGAUGUGUAUAUGUUGUCUGGUGUUGUAUCGUUUGGUCCAAAACCUUGUGGCUUACCUGGCUGGCCCGGAGUUUAUACCAGGGUUGGUGCUUACAUCGAUUGGAUUACACGUACAAUUAGAGCUUAAAAUUAGUGUGUUCUUUGUGUGUAUGUGUUUUUUUAAUUUUAUAUCUUGCCAUUACUUUUAAUGCUUACUUAAAUAUAUUAUAAAUAAUUUACGAAAA